GCGCGGGGUGUUUUCUGUCCAGUCUUAAUCUAGUUUUCUUGAGAAACUCUUAAAAAAAUUCAGUAGCAACAUGAGCCUCAAUUCUCUUUUCCAGCACAUUCUCCUCACUGAGCAACAAGCCACUGAAAAAAAUCGCCUGCUCCAGGAAGUAAAAGCAGAAAUCAACAGAUGUCAAGAUAAAGUAAAGGCUUCUUCGGAAGAGUUCAGUUGUGCAAAAAGUAAACUAGAAGAAAAGAUCCAAGAUCUGUCUGAGAUGCUUUUGCAGUUGGAGCUGUUAAAGAAACGUCAAGAUGGAAUAGAAAAACUCAAAUCGGAUGUUUUAAGACAACAAAGUAAUCUUCUUGCAACUCUAGAAGAAAUAAAAAAGAAAACCUCAGAGGAACAGGAUAAAUUCAUCCGAGAGAUUACUAAUUUCAACCAUGAAUACAACCUAAUGAGCAGCAGAGAGGUCCUAGUUGAAAGCCGAGCAAAAUCUGAAAUCUGGACCCUAGAAAAGGAGAUAGACGCUCUGAACAGGGAAAUGGUUUCAAUGGAACAGAAAAAUAUUCGACUGAAUGCCAUUCAGACAGAAAAGAAAAAUCUUAAAAAACAGCUGGUGGAGCUGGAAGACCAAAUAAAAGACCUUGAAAGGGAAAUGAGCGAGGCUAUAGCUAUCACUAAAUGCCUGCAAGCUGAAAAGAUUGAAAUCGGCCAGAAGCCACAGACUGAUUUGGAAUUUUUAAGGCUCAAAAAAGAGUUGGAAGCAUUCAAAGAUGGUGAACUUGAAAGUGUCCGUGAAGCUCUCCGCACAGAAAUCCAGUUUCUGCAAAUGAAAGUAUCACAAAAAGGCCUUCAGGUACCCAGUAGCUAGCUGAAUGAGAAAAUUAUCCAAAGAGAGGU